CGUAUAUACACAUUUUACUGAAACCUAAAUCUACAGAUAAACAAAGUGUUCUUUUUCGUCCCCUUUUCUUCUCACAUUCUUGACUCCCUCUCUCCCCAAUCUCCUAUUCUUUCUUCUAUUGUUUGGUUUGAUUCCCAGUUCAGCUCAUCUCAGCUGGAUGUGUUUGACACUCUUUCAGUUGAACUCUUGAGAUUCUGUAUUUUAGUUGCAGGGGAAAACAAGGGUGAGAAGAUGAGGGUGUUGAGUGCCAUUGAUUGCUCGGAUUGCCCAAGUCUGUGUGGGUUCUUGGUUGUUAAAUCUUAUCCCAAGAGGUAUUCUUCCAAGAUCCCCUCUGAUUUGGUCCUUUUCUUGGGUCUGGGCUUCAUAGAUUGGUAAUAUUUGUGUUUACUUUUGGCAAAAUAACAGUAUACCCAUCAUUUAGAGAUAUAAAGAUACAGUUUUUAUUUAUUUAUUAUACCUAGAUGGACUUUGCAAGAAUUGAUGGGUUUAAUUCAGUGUUUUACACAUGUCAUUAAAGGGUCUUAAGGAGAUUCUUGGAUUAGGACUGGAUUGGAUUGUCCAUCUAGCUUUUUUGUUUUUAAUACAUUUUUACUGAUAUGGGUUGGGAUUAGAUUUGUUUCUCUGCUGUUCUUUUUCUUGUCUUUUUUCUAUUGAUUUCUGUUUUUAGUGGAUGUCUCAUUCUUCUUUUGGGAAAAGAGUUGGGAUUCAAUCUCCAGGUAACCCUCAAAUUGUGUGUUUUCUUCUGAACUGGAAUUAGGAAUUUCAAUUUGGGGGCAAUUAGUAUGGUGGGUGAAAGUGUAAAGAUAGAUUAGCCAGUUGUGAGAAUGAUCUUUGGAUUGAUACUUUUGAGGGCAUCAUCUGAUAGUGUCCCAGAUUCAAGGAAGAAUUUGUGAGAUGGGAGAUACUGUUCUAACAGUUCUGUCAUUGGAGAAUCAUUACCCCUUUUCCAUGGAUUCUAGCACCUCCUCUUCGCAAGACGAUUUAGAUUUCGAGAUGAAUAGACAAGUAGUCUUAGCUCGUCCACCCGACAUCAAUUUACCGUUAUCUGCAGAGCGUAGCCCGACUCCUCAGUUGUCGAAUUCGGAGCAUAGUGAUAGUCUUGAUGUUAGGGUAAGAGCCCAAGUUCAUGAAACCGAGAAUUUCUUCAGUGCGCCUAAUAAGGUCAGUAGGAAAUGUGCGAAAAGGGGGGACAGCAUCUGGGGCGCCUGGCUCUUCUUUAGCUUUUAUUUUAGGCCGGUUUUCGUCGAAAAAUCGAAGGCGAAAGUUGUGCGGGACUGUAAUGGAGCUUCGGGGUUCGAUAAAUCUGAUCUUCAGCUCGAUGUUUUCAUGGUUCAGCAUGAUUUGGAGAACAUGUACAUGUGGGUUUUCAAGGAGAGGCCCGAAAAUGCUUUGGGCAAGAUGCAACUAAGAAGCUAUAUGAAUGGGCAUUCCCGCCAAGGGGAGCGUCCCUUUCCUUUUAGUGCCGACAAGGGUUUUGUUCGAUCCCAUAGAAUGCAACGGAAGCAUUAUAGGGGCCUUUCGAAUCCUCAGUGUGUUCAUGGGAUCGAGGUUGUCCCCUUACCCAAUCUAAUGGGUUUAGGCGAAGAUGAACGGAGAAGGUGGGUUGAACUUACGGGAAGGGAACUGAAUUUCACUAUCCCACCCGAAGCAAGUGAUUAUGGUUCGUGGAGAAACCUGCAAAGCACUGAAUUCGAGCUCGAGAAGCAACCUCCAUGUCCCAAGGGCAAUAACCAUUCCCCAACUAAGAAAUUGCUUAAUGGAUCUGGGCUUAAUUUGUCCACUCUAACAUCCAAUCAAAGCAACGGGGAUGCCAUGGAUCUAAUAACGCCUGUCAGCUGCAAAAGGAAGGACUUCUUCUCUAACGGGAAUGGAGUUGAGUGCCAUUUGCAAGCGAAUCCUCACUAUAGGAUCCCAGAGUUCGAAAUGCACCCGAAUGAGCCACACUGGUUGAAUGAAUUUAGUGGGAUUAUAAGGAAUGUUUAUGGGCCCGUUACAGCUGCAAAGAGCAUCUAUGAAGACAAGAAAGGGUAUUUGAUCAUAAUCAGUUUGCCCUUCGUUGAUCUCCGGACAGUGAAAGUCUCUUGGCGGAACACACUCACAAACGGGAUAAUCAAGGUUUCUUGCUUGAGCACAUCUCGCAUCCCGUUCAUCAAGAGACAGAAACGGACUUUCAAGCUCGUAGAUUCAUCAUCCGAACACUGCCCUCAAGGAGAAUUUGUGAGGGAAAUCCCGCUCUCAACCCGAAUUCCCGAGGGUGCAAACAUCGAAGCCUACUUCGAUGAAUCAGGGACAGCGCUAGAGAUUCUGGUGCCUAAACUGCCGGAGGGGCCGGAAGAACAUGAAGUACACAUUCGACUUCGCCCCGACCUCAGUGCCAAUGACUUCAUGGCUUUUAUGGACCUGGAAGCAUAGCUAUAGAAAUGCUAGUAGUGCAUAAAAUAUGUUUGUUGAGCUAAAUAUGCAAAAAUCUUCUGUUGUGUUGUCUUUCUUCAUCUGUGUAGCCUUGGUUGUAACAAGGUCUAACUUAUAAAAUCUUUGUUCUUGGUUUAGUAACAUAUUUAUGUUCUUGUUUGCAGACAAAUGUUUCUGUUAAAAUCUUUUAGCCCCUUGUACUA